AUGGCUGCAGCUGGUAGCGGCAGUUUCCAGGACGGACGUAUUGCCUCGAAGCGUCUCAUGAUGCUCGUGGCCCUGCUUCUCGUCUCCUGCUGUCUCGGCCAUGGCUUCGGCGAUGAGGAUCAUGUCGAGGUGGAGGGAAUCGGCAGCAGUUGCAUGGAAAGCGAGAGGAGAGCUCUCCUCGCCAUCAAAUCCGAUAUGUACGACCCCGACAACUGGUUUUCUUCUUGGACCGGCAAAGACUGCUGUGGGUGGAGAGGUGUGGCCUGCGACAACACCACCGGCCAUGUCACCAAGCUCGACCUCCGCUACCCCGACACGUACGAUGUGCGGGAUAUCUCAGACAUUAUGGAAACAAUGGGUGGGAGCAAGGUAAAUCCUUCGUUGCAAGAACUGAAGCAUUUGACAUAUUUGGAUUUGAGCAUGAACAACUUCUCCCACGCCCCUGUGCCCACAAUGAUCGCUUCGCUGGUCCACUUGGAAUAUCUCAACCUAUCUAAUGCCAUGUUCGAUGGACCAAUUCCUCCUCAGUUCGAGAACCUCUCAAACCUACACCAUCUCGACCUUCACGGAUGGUAUGAUGAUUUACAUGUUGAUGAUCUCGAUUGGCUCUCCCGUAUUCCUUCUCUAAAAUAUCUUGACAUGAGUUAUGUCGACCUCUCCAAGGCGACCAAUUGGUUUUAUGUAAUUAAUUCAAUCUCUACACUCGAAGUGCUACAUUUGAUUUAUGUAGACCUGCCAUAUGUUCCAUCUCGUUUGCCCCCUUUUAAUCUGACAGCCAUUGCUACUUUGGAUCUAUCUGGGAAUUUCAUCAUCACGUCUGCCAUGCUAAGCUGGCUUUCUAACGCCACCAGCCUCGAGAACCUUUUUCUUUCUGGCUGUUGGAGUCUCACUAUCGAGUCGUUACAAGUUGCUCUCGGAGCUCUCAGUAAUCUGAAGGGAUUGGAUUUGUCAGACAACUCCCUUGAAGGAGAAAUUCGUGAAAUUCUGAACAAUGUCAGUAGCAGGGGCCUGAAGCACUUGGAUUUGAGAUCGAAUCAAUUAUCUGGAGAUAUUCCUCCAGGGAGCCUUAGAGACCUGGAGUACCUGGACUUAUCAGGGAAUUCUAUUGUCGACGUGCAUAUCUUAGCUUCUCUGGGGAAUCUCACAAACUUGCGACAUUUAGAAUUGUGGGGCAAUUCAAUCAGUGGAGAAAUUCCACCAACCGUAGGAAAAUUUGUCCGAUUGGAGUACCUAGAUUUGAGCUCCAAUCAAUUAUCUGGAGAUAUUCCUCCAGGGAGCCUUAGAGACCUGGAGUACCUAGACUUAUCAACGAAUUUAAUUGUCGACGCGCAUAUCUUAGCUUCUCUGGGGAAUCUCACAAACUUGCGACAUUUAGACUUGGGGGGCAAUUCAAUCAGUGGAGAAAUUCCACCAAUCGUGGGAGAUGCUGUCCGAUUGGAGUACCUAUAUUUGUCCUAUAAUGGCAUCAUUGGAAAAAUACCACAGAGCAUGGGGAACCUCAGUAACCUAUUGGAAUUACAUUUAUCAGGCAACAAAAUUGUGGGAUGGAUACCACCGAGCAUCGGCAACCUCACCAACUUGGUAAUGUUGUAUUUAUCAAGCAAUAAUAUUGUCGGAUGCAUUCCAAAGACUAUAGGUACUCUCAUCCAUAUGAAGGUAUUAUAUCUCGAUGACAAUCAAAUUUCUGGAAAAAUACCAGAAACCAUUGGGGGUCUUCAAAAUUUGCAGGUAUUAUAUUUAGACAAUAACUUUAUUACUGGAGAAAUACCAGCAACCAUUGGGGGUCUCCGGAAUCUGCUGAUGUUAUCUUUAAGCAAUAACCUUAUUUCUGGACCAAUACCAGAAACCAUUGGGGGUCUCCGAAACCUGCAGAUGUUGAUUUUAAAAGGAGCUGAAUUGCCUGCUUGGCUUCAAACUCAAACGCAAUUAACAACUCUAGAUCUAUAUGGAGUUGGACUCUCGGGCAAUCUCCCGAAUUCCAACAUGGAUAGGAAGAAACCUCUCGUCGUUGAGAGUUCUUCGUCUGAGGUCAAACGUUCUAAAUGGUACCAUCCCAAUGAAUAUAGUGAAUCUCACUUCUCUCCAGGUAUUGGAUCUUUCUUCCAACAAUCUAACUGGCAGUCUACCAUCAUCUCUGGGAAAUUUCAGGGCCAUGGUUGA